CUCACCGAACAGCUUCUCCUCUCUCUCUCUCUCUCUGAACUGCAAAAACAACAACAGCAUGCCUUGCGCCGUAGCAGUGGCAAACUCGCCGAUUUUCUCACAAUCGCCUAGGGUUUCAUCGAUGUUCUGCAUUGGAUCUUCAUCACCGUCAAUGUUGCAAUCGCAUUCGUUGUCUUCAUCUCCGUCUUCUUCGUCUCCGCUAUCGCCUUUGGCGAUUCGAGUACAGAGGCAGUUGAAGGAUUCUUCUAUUUCUACUUUUACUUCGUCGUUGUCGCCGGCGGUUUUGAAGAGGAAGAGGCCGGCGAGGAUCGACAUUCCUAUUGCUUCGCUGAGUUUUUCGGCUGUUGCGACGCCGAUUACGGUGGUGGAUAGGUUGAAUGAGGUGGAAUUUGAAGGGAAAGGGUAUUCGGUUUUCUGCAAGAGAGGGAAGAGAGGUGCUAUGGAGGAUCGAUACUCCGCCAUUGUCAAUCUUCAAGGAGAUGCUAAACAGGCUUUCUUUGGUGUUUUUGAUGGGCAUGGAGGAGCAAAAGCUGCUGAAUUUGUGGCAAAGAACUUAGGUUCAAACAUUAUUGAUGAAGUGACUAGAAGAAGUGAAGAAGAAAUAGAGGAAGCAAUAAAAGAUGGUUACCUAACCACCGAUUCUGAGUUUUUAAAAGAAGAUGCUAGCGGUGGUACUUGCUGCGUCACAGCGUUGAUACGUGGAGGCGUUCUUGUUGUGUCAAAUGCCGGUGAUUGUCGUGCUGUGAUGAGCCGGGGAGGAGUUGCAGAGGCCCUCACAGUAGAUCACCAGCCUUCGAGGAAAGAUGAAAAAGACCGGAUUGAAAACCAGGGAGGCUAUGUUGAUUGUUGCCAUGGAGUUUGGAGAUUACAAGGGUCCCUUGCUGUAUCGAGGGCAAUUGGUGAUCGGCAUCUUAAACAAUGGGUAGUAGCAGAACCGGAGACAAAAAUAUUAAGAAUUAGACCCGAUUGCGAGUUCUUAAUCCUCGCUUCUGAUGGACUUUGGGAAAAGGUUUGUAUUCAGGAGGCAGUAGAUGUAGUUCGCCCUUUAUGCGUAGGUGUUGAUAACCCAGAUCCAAUUUCUGGUUGUAAAAAGCUUGCUGACUUGUCUGUAACGAGAGGUUCCACUGAUGAUGUAAGCGUGAUGGUGAUUCAAUUAGCUCGCUUUCUUCCAUAAUUCAUGCGAGUAGAAAGUAAUUCAGAUGAAGACAGUCCAAUUAUUUCCCUGCAAGUGCCUUUUUUUGAAGAAACUUGCAGCCUAGGAAAUCAGAAGCUAGCAAUUCUGAUUCUUUUCUAAAUCUUUCCAACAACCUCAAUCAAUUGUAUCAUGUAUGGUGUAUGUCUUCAAGAUUUCUUCCCCAAUGAAGAUUUUGAGGGAAGACAAGUCUUGUAUAUAAAUUUUAUUGCAUUCUAAAUAUACUAACUUCAGAUUUGAGCGUAGUACGCAAAUUUCAA